AUGUCGAGAGUCCGCGUAAUCAAUGUCGUCCUCGGUGUUUUGACUUUCGUCGCGAUGUACUCGCUCUGGAGGCUACUAUACGUGCCAGUGCGGUUUGAAGUUCGUGCUCAAAACGUGAAUUUUGGCCUGCAAGAACCAUGCACCUCGGGUGGAACUCCAGCGCCGAACGCAUUCUCUUGGGACGACAUAAUUCCUCGCAAGGAUCUUGUCUGGAUCGACUGCGAUGCACGGCGCCAGUGCGCCUGUCUGGCUGUUCCCUUGAACUAUUCCAACCCAGAAGGCGAACAGGCAGCCAUCGCGUUAAUCCGUCGGCGCGCUUCAGUCCCCGAAUCGUCAGACACUUACCGAGGACCCAUUCUCUUCAACCCAGGAGGACCUGGUGGAAGCGGUGUGGACAUGAUUGACAUGGCUGGGGACCUGUUUGCCAGCCUCCUUGGUCCUGAGUUCGACAUCGUUGGCUUCGACCCAAGAGGUGUUGGCCGUUCUACUCCACGUGCGUCGUUCUUCAAGACCGACGUGGAGCGUGCUUUGUGGGGAAGUACUGGUCUCGGAACUUUCUUCAACAACUCGGACGAAGGCGUAGCGCGAAUUUGGGCUGCGGGGAGAUUGCUCGGACAGCUUGCGGCGGAGCGAGAUGAUGGACAUCUGAGGCACAUCAACACAGACCAAACUGCGCGUGACAUGCUGCGUAUAGUGGAGGCGCAUGGGAGGGAGAAGAUCCAGUACUGGGGUUUCUCCUACGGAUCCGUCCUUGGUGCUAGCUUUGCUGCGAUGUUCCCUGACAAAAUAGAGCGUCUGGUAAUUGACGGUGUCGUAGAUUCUGAGAAUUACUAUGCGACUCUGUGGUCCAACAAUCUCCUCGACACUGACAAAGUCAUAGACCACUUCUUCUCAGGGUGCGCAGAGGCCGGACCAGAUGGUUGUGCCUUCUGGGCUCCAACCGCGGAUGACGUUCGUCAAAACCUCACUAAUCUGUACGACUCCAUUCGGGCGCGUCCGUUGCCUGUCAAGACGGACUUCAGCUAUGCCAUAUUGGACUACACCUUUCUCCGCUUCGUGAUCUUCAGAGUUCUGUAUUCUCCGUACGAUCUCUUCCAGACCCUCGCCCAAGGGCUCGCGGAUUUAGCCGCUGGCGAUGGCCGGGUUCUCCUCGAGCUUGUCGCAGGCCCUCCGUUUCAGUGUUCAUGUAAUCCUGCAGCGCAUCGUUAUGACGUUGUCGGAGACGGUCAGGUUGCCAUUCUGUGCAACGACGGAGACGAUGUCCCCCGUGAUCUACAGUCCUCGCUGGAAUAUUAUAAGUUCAUGACAAACAUCUCGAACUGGGGUGAUAUAUGGUCUACUAUUAGACUGAGUUGCGUUGGAUGGCCCAAGUUUCCCAAAGACCACUUCCAAGGUCCCUUUAAUGCAAACACAAGUCACCCAAUCCUCUUGGUCGGAAACACGGCAGACCCUGUCACUCCGCUGGCCGCGGCGAAGAAGAUGUCUAGUUUCUUCAAUGGUUCGGUGGUCCUUACUCAAGAUUCUCCAGGGCACUGUUCGAUCUCUGCUCCGUCUCUUUGCACGUACACGUAUAUUCAUGAUUAUUUUCUUCAUGGAACCUUACCCAAACCUGGAACUGUAUGCGAUCCUAUCGGUGGGCCUUUCUUCAAACCCCCGCUAUCGGACAGCGCCGCCCAGGUUCCCUUUGUCAGGGAAGAAGAAGAAAAGGAGUUGUUCGAUGUGGCCGAGAAGCUCAGCAGGGUUCCGAUUAUUCCUUUCCCAUUCAGAAUGUAG